UGCCCGCCCACCGGAGCCGGUCCGGAGCCGUCGCCGCGACAGGGUGGGACGCAGCGCCAUGGCACAGAAAUGCGACGUGGUCGUGGUCGGGGGCGGCAUAUCAGGUCUCUCAGCUGCCAAACUAUUGACUGAGUCGGGCUUGAAUGUUGUGUUGCUGGAAGCCAAUGACAGGGUUGGUGGAAGAACCUUCACUGUAAAGAAUAAACAAGUUAAAUAUGUGGACCUUGGAGGAGCCUAUGUGGGGCCAACGCAGAAUCGCCUUCUACGAUUAUCUAAAGAGUUAGGAAUAGAGACAUAUAAAGUGAAUGAAGUUGAGCAGCUGAUACAUCAUGUCAAGGGUAAAUCUUACCCCUUUAAAGGUGCGUUCCCUCCUCUGUGGAAUCCAUUGGCUUACCUGGACUACAACAAUCUGUGGAGGACCAUGGAUGAAAUGGGAAAGGAGAUUCCCAACGAAGCCCCGUGGAAGGCUCCACAUGCAGAAGAAUGGGACAGAAUGACUAUGCAAGAUUUCAUAGAUAAAAUUUGCUGGACAAAGGCUGCCAAGAGUUUUGCAACUCUGUUUGUAAAUGUGGAUGUCACUUCUGAACCUCAUGAGGUGUCUGCUCUCUGGUUUUUGUGGUACGUGAAGCAAUGUGGGGGGACAGCCAGGAUUUUCUCAACAACCAAUGGAGGACAGGAGAGGAAGUUUGUUGGAGGCUCUGGACAGAUCAGUGAGAAAAUAAUGGAACGGUUGGGAGGUCGAGUGAAGCUGAAGAAACCAGUAGUCCGCAUUGACCAGUCGGGUGAAAAUGUCGUAGUGGAAACCUUGGAUCAUGAAUUAUAUGAGGGCAAAUAUGUGAUCAGUGCCAUUCCCCCAGUUCUUGGUUUGAAGAUUCAUUUCAACCCACCUUUGCCCCCAAUGAGGAACCAGCUCAUCAACCGAAUCCCGAUGGGCUCAGUCAUCAAGUGUAUUGUGUACUAUAAGGAAACCUUCUGGAGGAAGAAGGGGUAUUGUGGUACCAUGAUGAUUGAAGAUGAGGAUGCUGCAAUUAGUUUAACACUUGAUGAUACUAAACCUGAUGGCAGCUUUCCUGCUAUAAUAGGUUUCAUUCUUGCUCGAAAGUGUAGAAGACUGACCAAUCUCACAAAAGAAGAAAGGAAGACAAGGCUGUGUGAACUCUAUGCAAAAGUUUUGGGAUCAGAGGAAGCUUUACAUCCAGUGCAUUAUGAAGAGAAGAACUGGUGUGAAGAGCAGUAUUCUGGAGGCUGCUACACAGCCUACUUCCCACCAGGCGUAAUGACUCAGUACGGAAGGAUUCUUCGACAGCCCAUUGGCAGGAUCUACUUUGCUGGCACUGAGACAGCCACAGAAUGGAGUGGAUACAUGGAGGGGGCCAUACAGGCUGGAGAAAGAGCAGCCAGAGAGGUACUGUUUGCUAUGAGGAAAAUCCCAGACACUGAAAUUUGGAAGCCAGAACCUGAAUCGAUUGAUGUUCCAGCUUUGCCCAUCACAACCACCUUUUGGGAGAGAAACUUGCCAUCUGUACCAGGACUGCUAAAGCUGAUUGGGUUUUCCACUUUCUUCACCUCUGUGGCUGCUGCAGGGUUAUUUGCCUACAGAAGGGGACUUCUGGUUCGAAACUGAAAAAUGUGCCAGUGCAAAGCCUCACACUCACACUUCUUUUUCUAUGAGGUUUUUUUGGCAUGUACUUCCCUGCCUUCAAAGACAGGCCAGGAUUAGGGAAGAGGAGAAAACAGUAGAGAGAAGACUCUAGAGGGGAGGGUAAAUGAAGGGGAUCCAUAUUCAAAAAGAGCCCCUUGAAUCCAGGCCUCCUUCUAGCAGUAUUUUUUUUGUUGUUUUUUAAUUUCUAGGAAACCUUGCAAAGAAUUAUCACCUUGAGAUUUUUAUCCAGAUCUCAGAAUACAGGUGACAGAAUGCCUUGAUAAUACCUGUUUUGAGAAGAUUUCCAGUGAUUUUUACACAUAUAUCAUAACCAGACCCUGAAUUAUGAGUCUUCUUGGCACUUCCAUCUUUAGUUGAAAAAAACAAAAAACCAAAAAAACAUUUCUGCCCUCCUUUGUGGUAGACUGAGAAAAUAAAUCCAUAGCUCAAAGAAUAAUUGAUCAGUUAAUGUAAAUUUUUUGUGAGAAUCCCUUUAGUGAUUUUUUUUCUCUCUCUCAAAUGUCCAGAGCCCAGGUAGUACCUAAACAAGAAGUCAGGCUACCUUUUCAAAUGGUGGUCUAAAUGCAUUCAUUCCAGCUAUGCAAGUGUGGCCUCGGGUUGUUAGUAUUUCCAAUGGUGUCAUUGUCCUAUAGUAAGUUGAAGGAGAAUGUUUCUACUGCCUCUUGCAGUGAAGAUGAAUUUCAGGCUUCCUAUCUGUGCCUGAGUUCAUCCCUGUCCAGGAUCAGACCUUCUUGGCCUGGAAAACCAACAGACUCCAGACAACACCCGAUAUAGUGAGCAGCAUGGCUGGUCAGGCUGUUGGGCCUGAGUGUGAACCAGGGGCCUUAGGUUAAAUGUGAUAAUACAGACAAAGCAUUUUGAACCUUUGUCACCAUCUGACUUCUUUCUGACUCCAAGCCUCCCUUACCUUUUCAGCUCCCUAAAGGGAACUGCAAGACAGCAAGCAACUUCUGCUUAUCCCUGAAAGCUGUAGAGCUGUCCAUACAACACUUUUACCACUUUUCUUAUCUCCUUCUUUUCUUUCAACUGCUUAAAUUUAUACUUCAAACACGUUGAAGGUAGCUCUUGCCUAGUAGAGCACAAUGGGUUCAGAAAUAUAGUUUUAGCGUAACAAAUAAUACCCUUAUCUGUCCCUCAGCACUGCUUCAUGCUAAACACAGCUCAGCUGAUUCAGAGUUCCAGUCUCUCCUAACAACCAUGUUGACGUGAUUAGCACUUCCAUUUCUGCCUGCUGUGCAGUGUUGUACUGACUGCGCGCUGCUGGUGACUAAUCAGGGAUCUCAAUGAUGAAAAGAUCAAAGGGAACCAUGGGUCAGACAGUCACAUACUAGUGCUUCUGCCCUUCCUAGCUUGACAUCUUUCAAACAAUGCGAAACAAAAAGAAAGGGGGCAAGAAGGGCAAGAAACAAGUGGAAAAAAAAAGCCAGAAGAGAAACAAACCCAUCAACCCCAGCAGUACCUUAGAUGCCAACCUGCCAUCUCAGUAUUUCUACUAUUUCUACUGUUUAACAUCUGUGCGUGACAAAAGAGGAAGUCAGAGUUAUAAUUAAGAAAAGGAUUUGGCAUGGUACAUGAGAAAAAUUGGAUGGAAUUCUUCUGAGUCCAUGCUGCACUUCUGCGUUCAAUCAAUGGCAAUUUAUUUGCAAAAAAAAAAAAAAAAAAGUCCAAUUGCAUUUCAGUAAAAAGCUGUGAAGAGAAGUAUAAAGUAUAAUGAUAUACUCAGCAAAGGGGAAUGAACAGACAGUAGAGGAAAUUUACCAUCAGUCUCACGCAGACUUUCUGGGCCAGCGUCUGAUGUCCUUGCUUGUGCUGAGUAGUACUUUGCUCUCCAAAUAGUCCCAUGGAAAUCCACCGAACUACCUAUAAAGCUGUAAUAGUUGUGAGCAGUGCAUUGGUUUCUGGCCCUUAGGUUUCAUUCUUUUUAUCUUGAUGUGCCAGUUAAAAAUCUUCUUGUAGCAGCAACUUGGAUUUUAUCACAAAUGAAUAUCCUCAUAACAGCCUUUUAAAAUACACGGGGGAACUUUUCAGACAUAAAGAUCUUUAAGUCAGAAGAACAGUGCAGCACUGUACAUACGGCCUUCCUCGUUGUAUCGCAGCAAGCACUAAUUGGCGAGGACAUUUGCCUACCACAGAGUGUUUCUGCAUGGGCUUUCUUUCUCUGUGAAUUAUUUACGAAAUGAAUUAGAAACCCAGAGAAUGGGAGCUGUGUGAGUUCAGAGCUUUUGCAACUCAGAUGAUUAUCGGGCUGAAAAUAAGUGUGGAAACCUAAAUCUGGGGAGAUGUUCUUGAAGUCUUGGCCAAUAUUUCUAAGCAUUGUAUAGUGAACAAAUGCUUAACAUAUAAGGAGGAGUUACCUUUGCAGAUCAUUUCACUGCCAGCACUGGAGUUCAAGUCCGAUUUCUGCCCUAGAAAUAGUCUGCGUGGCUGGAAAGGGGAGUAAAUCUAUGAGAUUAAUGAGGGUAAAUUGUUUUUAUUUAUGUGCAAAAUGUGCAUUUUUCUUUUUUUCUCCUGCAUCUGUUACUUUUUUUUU